AUGACGGACGCGUUUCGACGCGACGUGAACGGCAACGGCGACGACAUUACAACGACGAUGACAUACGUAUUCAAGCGAGGUCCUGACGCGUCGUAUAGUCGCAAGGAACGCGUUCAGUUUGAUAAGAUCACUGCGCGAAUCAGCAAGCUCUGCUACGGUCUCGACCUGAACUUUGUGGACCCAAUCGAGGUUGCCCAGAAAGUCGUCGUCGGCGUGUACCAGGGUGUCACCACCGUUGAACUUGAUAACCUUGCCGCCGAGACUGCCGCCUACCUUACAACCAAACACCCCGACUAUGCUGUCCUUGCCGCCCGUAUCGCUGUCUCCAACCUUCACAAGGAAACCAAGAAGAGCUUCUCUCAAGUGAUGAAAGACCUUUAUGAAUAUGUUAACCCAAAGAAUGGAAAGCCUGCAGGAAUGAUUUCGAAAGAGACCUGGGAGGUUAUUCGCGACAAUGCUGACACCCUCGAUUCUGCUAUCAUCUACAAUCGCGAUUUCAACUACAAUUACUUCGGCUUCAAAACCCUUGAACGCUCAUACCUUCUCCGACUCAACGGACGUGUUGCAGAACGACCCCAACAUAUGAUCAUGCGUGUUGCUGUUGGCAUCCACGGCCGCGACAUUGACCGAGUUCUCGAAACCUACAACCUCAUGUCGGAGCGGUAUUUCACGCACGCCUCACCAACGCUCUUCAACGCGGGCACUCCCCACCCACAGUUGAGCUCCUGCUUCCUUGUCUGCAUGAAGGACGACUCGAUCGAAGGCAUCUACGACACCCUUAAGAACUGCGCAAUGAUCAGUAAAACCGCUGGUGGUAUCGGUCUAAACAUUCACUGCAUUCGCGCAACUGGAUCCUAUAUCGCUGGAACCAAUGGCUACUCCAACGGAAUUGUGCCCAUGCUCCGCGCUUACGAUGCCACUGCCCGCUACGUGGAUCAGGGUGGAAACAAGCGGCCUGGAGCUUUCGCUAUCUACAUCGAGCCCUGGCACGCGGAUGUAUUCGAAUUCUUGGAUUUGCGCAAGAACCACGGCAAGGAAGAAGUCCGUGCUCGUGACCUUUUCUAUGCCCUCUGGAUUCCAGACCUCUUUAUGAAGAGAGUUGAAGCCGACGGCGAAUGGUCUCUCUUCUGCCCCAAUGAAGCGCCCGGCCUGCAUGAUGUCCACAGUGCUGAAUUCGAAGAGCUUUAUGAACGAUACGAGAAAGAGGGCCGCGCACGCAAGACUAUUCGCGCCCAAAAGCUCUGGUACGCUAUCCUCGAGGCCCAGAUCGAGACCGGUGGACCGUUCAUGGUAUACAAGGAUCACGCCAAUGCCAAAUCUAACCAAAAGAAUUUGGGCACCAUUAAGUCUUCCAAUCUUUGCACCGAGAUCAUCGAAUAUUCUUCUCCCGACGAAACAGCCGUCUGCAACCUUGCGUCCCUAGCCCUCCCUACCUUCAUCAAGGACGGUGUCUACGACUUCAAGAAGCUUCACGAAGUCACCAAGGUUGUGACCUACAACCUCAACCGGAUCAUCGACGUCAACUACUACCCCAUUCCUGAAGCCCGUCGAUCGAACAUGCGCCACAGGCCUAUCGGUAUCGGCGUGCAAGGUCUCGCCGAUGCGUUCAUGGCCCUCCGCAUGCCUUUUGACUCCCAGGCUGCCAAGGAACUCAAUCUCCAAAUCUUCGAGACCAUUUAUCACGCUGCCCUCGAGGCCAGCUCCGAGAUUGCAGCCCGAGACGGACCUUAUGAGACCUGGGAAGGCAGCCCCGCCUCUCAAGGCCAGCUUCAGUAUGACCUUUGGGGCGUGAAGCCCUCCGAUCUUUGGGACUGGGCAUCUCUGAAGGCACAGAUCGCAAAGACUGGCCUCAGGAACUCGCUCUUACUUGCCCCGAUGCCCACUGCUUCCACCAGUCAAAUCCUCGGUUUCAACGAAUGCUUCGAGCCAUAUACUAGCAACAUUUACACUCGUCGUGUUUUGGCUGGAGAGUUCCAGGUUGUCUGCCCAUGGCUUCUCCGCGAACUCGUCGACCUCGGUCUCUGGGAUGACAACAUGAAGAAUUUGAUUAUCGCACACAACGGCUCUGUCCAAAACAUCCCUAACAUUCCAGCGGAUGUCAAGGCCAUCUACAAGACCGUCUGGGAAAUCAGUCAGAAGAAGGUCAUUGACCUCGCUGCCGAUCGCGGUGCCUUCAUUUGCCAGAGCCAGUCCCUCAACGUUCACCUCUCUGCUCCCACCAUGGGUCAACUAACCAGCAUGCACUUCUACGGUUGGAAGAAGGGCUUGAAGACCGGAAUGUACUACCUGCGUACUCGACCGGCGGCACAGGCUAUUCAAUUCACCGUCGACCAGAGCUUGCUCAAGGCCGCCAAGGAGCAGACGCAGAAGGCUGCCCCCGCUGCAUCCGUCCCUGCGAGCCCCGCCAGGCAAGCUCCUGCUUCUCGCCCCACUGGCAUUCCUUCCCCGGCCGCUACCCCUCAAGCAUCCCCGCUUCCUCCUUCCGCCCCUGUUGCAUCGUCCUCUUCGGUUGAGGCGGCUACCACUGCCGUCUCCAAUCUCUCCUUGGACGAGAAGACCAAGGCUGCCGCGGAGGCUGACCCCGAGUUCGCUGCUGCCCUCGAACGUCAGCGCCAGCGCGAGCUCGAGGAAGCCAAGCUCCAGUGUUCGCUUGAGAACAAGGACGCCUGCGUCAUGUGCUCUGGUUAA